AUGAGUACUAGUCUAGAGACUAUACCUGAUGAGCUCAAACUGGAGAUAUUUCAAUACCUUCCCUCCCGUUUGAACCUUGAUCUGACGAGCAGGCACUUGUUUUGGAUCACUCCAGGUGACCUGGUGCGGCGAGCAAAGACGCCUGAUUCCGUCGCGGAGGCCAUUCGUGCGAUCCGGUAUAUGAUUUUAUUCAGUGAAGAGCGUGUGUCGGAUGGUCUGAACAUCUUAUUCGACAAGUUCCUUAUCCGUGUUUCGGACUACGUCAUCUACUUUCUCCAACACGGCUCGUUUAAGGAGGCAAAGGCGAUGCUUCAAGCCUGGGAGCAGCUACCACUCCAGGAGCACAUUCCUGCAGAACACCUUCUCAAGGUCCUUAAACAGCUCGACAUAUCGUUGCUCAGGCGAUCAAAGAUGAAGAUUUCGGAAAGGCAAAAAACGACUCUAGAAAUCAUGAAGCAACAGCCAUGCACAAGUAUCAUGCCCAAAGACUUCUGUCUUGCUCCUCUCAAUCAAAUCAAAGAAUGGAUCAUUCGGAUCAUCCGUGAUGGGACCAAUCGCUAUGAGCAUUUGAGAAAAGCAAAAGAGGCUCUUCAAUUCAUAAAAAAGAUUCCAGCAGAGGCUAAGGUUCCCAAGAACUUUUUUCUCGAUGUUGUUAAAACAGGUCGAGAUAUAAUCCUUCAGGCCUUCAGAGAGGAACAGCUCCGCUUUGGAAGUCUCUAUGUGGCAGAUGGGGUGGCUCGAAUCAUAAUGCUGUUCAACAUGAUCAUUCCCGAAAACUACUUUCUCGAAAUUAUCAAAAGAGGCCAGGAUAUCAUUUGUCAGGCUGCGGAAAUUCCGACUCGUGAGCUGACACGAGGCAUUCUCUAA